CUACCUCACUACCACCUUGCCUGCUACCUUACCCUCUGCACCCUUCCAUCCACCACCUCCGCUCACGUCACUGGCCUGGGCAGACGCGUGCAACGCCGUCUCAUCAUGCGGCCUCGCCAACCCUCGCCCGCCCCGAACGUUGGCAGAACGGCCUCCCGAUGAAGAGGCCAUGUCCAGCAAUGGUGGAUCUCCCGCCCAUUCCACCCCCUCCACCCCCAACCCCCUAGACGUCGCCUUCUCCAGUCUGCGCCCCCGCCAUGGCGAGUCCAGCUCGCAGGCCGACUCGCACACCUCGACCUCGCACAAGAGGAGCAGCAGCAGUCGCAGGGGAGAAGAGGAGGGCCCUUCGCGCACUGCUUCUCCACAAUUCGACUACCUCCGCACCUCCACUGGUAGCCUGGGACAACGCACGCGUCCGUCCGGCGGCUUUUUGCUGCCUUCGGCGUUUGCCAAUGGCUCGCCUCCCGGCCCGAAUCGUCAAGGCAAGCGCAAAGCGAUAGACGGACAAUUGCACGUCGACAAGAGACGCCAUCCCACCAACCGCCUCUCCGUCGACUCCUCCCUCCGUAGCUCGCCCUUAUCUCGCCAAGUGUCAUCAGGCGUGGAUGGCGCGGCAGAUGGAAGGGAUGGAGACCCCUCUUCGCGAGCUCCGAGCAUGGACCCCGCUCAGCUCGUGCAAAUGGCGUUGAACUUGAGCGAAAACAGGAAGCGGAAUAUUAGUAAUACUCGACGAGUACCCUCGGGCACCGAGCGAAGACUCACGUCCAUGCCCAUGUCGAACAUCAGUACCGCGCGAGGAGCAUUUGAGGCACAUAAUGAGAGCAUACAACUGCCUGGUGACUCUGCGCGGAGCUUUGAUGAUUCCACCAACGCCGAGGAAAUUUCUGGCGAGCCCCCAGUGGCCAUUCCAGGUCUAAGCGUGGAUGCCAGCAGCAUGCUUUAUACCUUCACCCCGGCCACAUUGGUACGUGCAGAAAAGGCACGCAAAUAUCUGGAGUUGGCAAGUGAGCAUCGACGUCUUUUGCAAAGCCUUCCCCCUUUGAUCUCAGGGACAACUUCAGCCCCAAGCCGGCAAUACAAUCCCAUCCAAUCGUUGCGCAAUCGAAGAGCCCGAAUCAGUAAUAAGCGGCCAUUUCCGGCGCCCCCGGAUACCUGGCAAGAUCCUGAGAAGGUCAAGGCGUGGAUUGACGAAGUCGAGUCCCAGGUCAAGGAUUCCAGCCUCGACGUCCCGGAUGAAAGUAUCACCUUACCGCUCUUCGAUGGAGAGAAGCUCAACGCACGACCCGAAUCACGAGAGCUUCCCGUUGGCCCUCGUCACAAAAGGUCCGACACUGCCGGCUCAGUAAUCACCCGGCCGGAGAACUCCUGGACUAUUGAGCCUACAGAGCUCCUAGCCGACGCUUACUGGACGGAGAAAGACAACAACAAAGCCUUCAUCGAGUCCCGCCGCGGUGAGCUCGUCUUUCCCCGUCGGCGACGAAGCGUCAGUACGCCCAAGAUCAGCGUGGACUUGCAUCGUGAUAGACUGGACGAUUAUGAACGUUUCAACGACCCAGAGAGUUGGGAGACGGCGGAGCGACAACCUCGACGCCGGAAGUUGAUCCAACCCCUAGCCACAGGCCUGGAUCGAACCCGGCAUGGCCGACUGAUUCGCCGAGCAUCUAACAGCAGCACUGACACAGAUCGGGAGCGUAAUAUCUCGGGCCCACUCCUAGCAAACGGCAGUCCGGUGAAUAUUGGCCCUCUGGAGCGGCAUAUGCAAAGCCUGAUCGAGAGAGAGGAAAGAGGCGAGCUGAAUUCGCCCGAACUCGUGUCGGCAGAUCACUGGAACUCGUCGUGGAAGCACCCGCCGGCACAACGCGGCAGUGUGGACAGACUGCGUCGGGGUUCGUCGGCGAGUCGGCGAGAUACGCGCGCAUCUCUCGACGUUCCGCGCGACUUACAUCGCCGCACCAAAUCCGCGGAUGGGCGAGUCGGCGCGUCGGAGUACUCCGACUUCGACUUGGGGGAGUCUCCGGGCUCGGAUGCUGGAUCCCCGCGAAUCACUCUGCGCACACCAUCGGUGGGUACGGAUCUGAUUGCAGUCGGCGAUAUGCGCCGGUCAAUGGAUGAAAGUCGAUCAAGCGUGCCGGCUCUACCGAACUUCCACUCACGGAACAGAGAGCGCAACAAAAUCGGUCAAGCGGACUUCGCCCUCCCCGACGAUUCAGCCAACAACCUCUCGCCAAUUCCAAGUGCGGGUUCACAUCGUGCCGGCAACGAUGCCUCGCCUGAACACCUGAAACGCCAAGGUACGAGCGAUAGCUGGAUGGCUAUGCGGCGGACAGACACCAUCUCGACACUGGGAUCUGCGAUUACGCCCGGCUCGAGCGUGGGUCGGUUUCUGCGCAACAGGCGAGACCGGAUUUUCAAGGGCAAAGACAAGUGGGACGGAGGAGAGCACUCUGCAUCUGUGACUGAUGUUUCCGAGGUUGAUGAGCCCGCAGACAAUACCACGCAACUGAGGCGAAGAAAUACAGAGCUCGAGGACGAUGAAAGCCCUCGCGCCUCCCUUGACCGCGCGAGGCCGAAGCAGAAGUUUCAUACCAGCAACCUACCAGCCUUCACCUCCUCCGCGCGGGACAAGCGCAUCCAAAUUCAGACGCCGGGAGCGGGUUGGAACGAUUCGUUCAGCUACGACAAGAGGCCCAAACGAUUCGCUCGCGUAGCACCUCCUCAGCUGUCGAUUCCGCAGGGCGAGGGUGCUGACCCUGAGCUGGUCGGCGAUUUCGAGGGCGUCGGACGAAGUCGAAAGCCCUAUGGUCAGCUUCAGCCCUUUGGCGAGGUGUGGCGCAACCAGGUCGCUCCGGGCGUGUACACCCCCGGGAUAUCGCAGGCUAAGCGUCACUGGAGCAUCUACGACAGGCUCCAACCGAAUCAAGACGACAAAAUCACCGCUCGAGACAUCGCGCGUGUACGAGCAUUACUUUUGUCCUCCGGCAUCAAAGCUAGAGAGAUCGACCGUCGCGCAAAUACACCAAGCGACAAGCCCUCUUCCAUCGUCCUCCAAGCCGCCGUGACUGCCUGCCAGCCAUACGAAAAGGUGGCCCUGAAAGAGGAGCACGUCGUUGCCGCGCGCCUUCUAACAAGGCAUCUGAACUCCACCAUGCCCACCUUCGAGAUGGCCCUCUCGAAUUUCCAGGACCAUACCGUAAGACAGCUGAGCUCGCGACUGGAGCAGCUUCGCCAGCGAGCGUCCGACCAUCUCUCCAACCUCGUGCACGAUACCUCCGACGAUGCCGAUGCGUUCAUCAUGGAACUCAACACCAAGAGUCCGCAGCAGUCGAAGCGUGUCGACGACGCGGUCGAGGAGAUGCAGCGACGGCGCCGAAGGCAGUUCCGACUCGUCCACGACGCGGGCUUCAAGAUACUCGAGUGGAUGGUGCUGGGCAUCUUGUGGUGGAUCUGGUUUUUGGUCGUGGUCUUCAACGCGUGCAAAAAGGUUGUGUUUGUAAUUUGGAGGUUGCUUAGGUGGUUGUUGGUCUUUUGAGCUUAUCUUCCCCCCAAUGUGUUUGCAUCUUCAUUGUCCGUUCUGUGAUACCCGGCGCGGUGGCAUUUGCUUUUGGUAUUUAGCGAGGCGCUUUCCGGUCGUAGGAUGUGGGCAGAUUGUUAUAGCGACUUCAACAAUGCAUAUA